AUGGAAAUCAGAAUAGAGAGCGCUUUCCCCGAUCGACCCCAGUUUCAAGGGUUCAUGAAGCCAUGCCGACUGGAAGGUGAAGUCCAAGCACUGGAAUUCCGCGGUAUCAUUCCCAAGGAGAUCGAUGGCACGUUCUAUCGAGUGAUGCCGGAUCCCCAGCUUCCUCCGUUUGUGCAGAAUGAUCCGAAGAGACAACAGUGGUUCAAUGGCGAUGGUAACAUCGCGGCCUUCACGAUCAAAGAUGGGAACGUGUCAUUUCGUCAACGCUAUGUCCGGACAGAGAAAUUCACUCGAGAACGAGAAGCGAAACGAGCUCUCCUUGGCAAAUACCGCAACAAAUUCACCGACGCCGUCGAGUUCAAGAUCCGCUCAACCGCCAAUACCAACGUAGUAUACUUCAACGGACAGCUACUAGCUCUUAAAGAAGAUGCUCCCCCGUACGCGCUUGAUCCCACUACCCUGGAAACCAGGGGCCUCUAUGAUUUCGAGGGACAACUUCCCAGUCUGACAUUCACGGCGCAUCCAAAGUUCGAUCCGAAGACUGGAGAGAUGAUCUGCUUCGGGUAUGAGGCCAAAGGUGAUGGCACCCCGGAUGUAUGCUACUAUAGCGUCAGCCCGGAAGGCAAGUUCACCGAGGUGGUCUGGUUGGUUGCCCCCGUGGCUGCCAUGAUUCAUGAUUUUGCUGUGACGGAGAAUUGGUGGUUGGAGUACAAAAACUCCUUUCCCGGCCACACAUCCAACGCAUACGAAGAUGAGAACGGGAAUAUCACCCUUGACCUAGGUCUAAGCGACAAAAAUGUCUUCUUUUGGUGGCCCGAUGCACAAGGAAACGCCCCCGAACCCAGUUCCAUUGUCUCCCAACUGGUCCAAUUCAAUUUCAACCCUCGAACAGAAGAUCUAAGCCUUCCCAGCCCCCGGAUUCUUCAAGAGCAGAACACCGAAUUCUACCGUAUCGACGAUCGCUUCGCAACUCAGCCUUACAGACACUGCUUCAUGGAUCUAAUGGACCCUAGCCUGGGAACAGAUUUCCAAACCAUCGGUCCUAAGCUUGGUGGCGGGCAUCCGUUGUACAACAGUCUGGGGCAUCUUGAUCGAAUUGCAUUUGUUGGAUACGAGGGACUUUACGAGGGCGCAGGCUAUUAUUUUGUUGCCCAUGCGGUUGAGACCGGGAUUGCAUGGGAAUUGGGUGGAUGCGACAGAUUUGGCGGCGUUUGUUUGAGCUUGCCAGAUUGGAUUUUGUGUGACGAUAAUUGA